AUGUGGCCUGUCUAUCGUCCAGGCCACCCAGACGCACAAUCUUCGCGCGGGGAGAGUGAAGGAGGGGAAGGCGGUCAUACUGUAGAUCUUCAUCUUGCUGUGUGUAACCACAGGCUUGAUGAUGCCCUUCUCCUCGAGGUCGGCAAGGCACUGUCGGGCCAGAGAACCGUUGAUCUUCAUUCGGUCGACGAGGGUGGCGAUAGUGACCAGACGGUAAGACUGAACAUCCUUGUAGAGCUUCUCGGAGGUGGUCUUGUCGAGGACGACGGCGUGCUGGGCCUUGUCCUUGACCUUGCCCUUGGACCUUUGAAAAUGGGUAAGUAUUUGAUAUUCGGUGACGAUGGUCGUUACGCUUCAAACAUACCACUUCUUCUUCUGCUUCUUUGCGGCGGGGGCCUGAAAUCGAGAGUCAGUCAAACCAUCAUUGUAUUUUAA